AUGUUGUCCGGCCGCAGCGACGGGCCGCGCCGGGGCCGCUCCUUCGACUCCGUGAGCCCCUCGCACCUUGCGGAGAACCAGCUCAACAACGAGUUAAAUAAGUCAAAUUACAUGAUGGUUGAAGACGAUAAAGAGAACAAAGACAAUUCAUCUGAAAGAGGUAGAGCAGCCAUCAUUUUUUCCUUAAAGAAUGAAGUUGGAGGACUUGUAAAGGCCCUAAAACUCUUUCAGGAGAAACAUGUGAAUCUGGUUCACAUCGAGUCUCGAAAGUCAAGGCGAAGAAAUUCAGAGUUUGAGAUCUUUGUGGACUGUGAUAGUAACAGGGAACAGCUGAAUGAAAUCUUUCACCUCCUGAAAUCCCAUGUUAAUAUUGUGUCUAUGAAUCCAGCAGAUAGCUUCACUGUUCAGGAGGAUGACAUGGAGAAUGUCCCCUGGUUUCCUAAGAAGAUCUCAGAUUUGGAUAAAUGUGCAAACCGCGUUCUGAUGUAUGGGUCUGAUUUGGAUGCUGACCACCCAGGUUUCAAAGACAAUGUGUAUCGUAAGAGGCGAAAGUAUUUUGCAGACCUGGCUAUGAAAUACAAAUAUGGUGACCCAAUUUCCAAGAUUGAAUUCACUGAGGAGGAGAUCAAGACUUGGGGCACUGUUUUCCGAGAGCUUAACAAGCUGUACCCAACCCAUGCCUGCAGAGAGUACCUUAAAAACUUACCCUUACUCACCAAGUACUGUGGGUACAGAGAAGACAAUAUCCCUCAGCUGGAAGAUAUAUCCCGUUUCCUGAAAGAGCGCACAGGUUUCACCAUCCGUCCUGUUGCUGGAUAUCUGUCGCCCAGAGAUUUCUUGGCAGGCUUGGCAUUCAGAGUCUUUCACUGCACUCAAUACGUUAGACACAGCUCAGACCCUCUGUACACCCCAGAGCCUGAUACCUGUCACGAGCUUCUAGGUCAUGUCCCGCUUUUGGCUGAACCCAGUUUUGCUCAGUUCUCCCAGGAAAUUGGUCUGGCAUCACUUGGGGCAUCAGAUGAAGCUGUUCAGAAACUGGCAACAUGUUACUUCUUCACUGUAGAGUUUGGUUUGUGCAAGCAAGAUGGACGGCUAAGAGUCUAUGGAGCUGGCUUGCUCUCUUCCAUCAGUGAACUCAAGCAUGCACUCUCUGGCAAUGCUAAAGUCAAGCCCUUUGAUCCAAAGGCCACCAGCAAGCAAGAAUGCCUCAUUACCACUUUCCAGGAAGUCUACUUUGUUUCUGAAAGUUUUGAAGAAGCAAAGGAAAAGAUGAGGGAAUUUGCAAAAACCAUCAAGCGCCCAUUUGGGGUGAAGUAUAACCCGUAUACACAAAGCAUACAGAUCCUGAAGGACACCAAGAGCAUCGCUAGUGUGGUGAAUGAGCUACGCCAUGACCUGGAUCUUGUUAGCGAUGCCCUUAAUAAGAUGGGCAAACAGCUGGAAGUUUAAGUCAAUGUAUUGCUGUCAACCUGUCACAUUCAGUAAUUCUGUUUCUGGGAUUUUUUUGGUCUUAUUCUAGGCACAAAAAUAUUGUAAGCAGAGUACACAUAACCCUCUUCUCUCAAAAUUUGAAAAAAUGAAUGACUGAUGGGAACAGUCCCUUGAACUUGCAUAUUUCUCUACUUAACAUUUAUAUUGAGGAUCACAAAGUAUUAUUGGGAAAGAAACGAGCUAGAUUCAUCCUUGGAAAGCUUGGAGUAGGAACAUUAGAAGUCAUCAGGAUAGAUUGGAUCACUGGUCCAACUACUCCAGCAUCUUUGAAGCAGCUGGUGCUGUCACAGACGUGGAAGAUAAAACAGGCAAUUAUGGGAUAAUUCACUUCCCCAGGAAAAUUUUCCUUUUACCUCCUUCCACCCCACCUCAGUACUCAGGUGUGCUUAUAACCUGAGUCAUCACGACAAACCACACCCAAAAUUGCUAAAAGAAUAGCGUAACUAAGGGUAGGCUAAAGGGGCAUCUGCCCUCAGUUCCAAAUUGGGAAGGCCACUGGAAUUGCCUCCCAUCCCCAUGGAGUCUGUGCCCCAGUGGCCAGAACAAACCCAUAGCUUAUUAAGCCUCUGUGCUAAAAGCUCAUCGGGAAGAAGUUGCAGUGUUUCAGACUUCCCUUUCAUUGGCUGUGGUUGCA